AGCAGGCUGCGCACCGCCCAGGCCGGAGCCGGCGCCGCAGACUCGGCUUCCUCGGGGCCAAGGGAGCGCGGCGGAGCCAUGGCCACGACCAACGGGACGGUGGAGAACGGGCAGCCCGACAAGAAGCCUCCUGCCCUGCCGCGCCCUAUCCGCAACUUGGAGGUCAAGUUCACCAAGAUAUUCAUCAACAAUGAAUGGCACGAAUCCAAGAGUGGAAAAAAGUUUGCCACAUACAACCCAUCGACUCUGGAGAAAAUAUGUGAAGUGGAAGAAGGAGAUAAGCCUGAUGUGGACAAGGCCGUGGAAGCAGCACAGGCCGCCUUCCAGAGGGGCUCGCCAUGGCGCCGGCUGGAUGCCCUGAGCCGCGGCCGGCUGCUGCACCAGCUAGCUGACCUCGUGGAGAGGGACCGCGCUAUCCUGGCCACCCUAGAGACGAUGGACACGGGGAAGCCCUUCCUUCACGCCUUUUUCAUCGACCUGGAGGGCUGCAUUGGGACCCUGAGAUACUUUGCAGGGUGGGCAGACAAGGUGCAGGGCCGGACCAUCCCCACAGAUGACAACGUUGUGUGCUUCACCAGGCAUGAGCCCAUAGGGGUGUGUGGGGCCAUCACUCCCUGGAACUUCCCUCUGCUGAUGCUGGCGUGGAAACUGGCCCCUGCUCUCUGCUGUGGGAAUACGGUGGUCGUGAAGCCGGCAGAACAGACACCCCUCACUGCCCUUUACCUGGGCUCUCUGAUCAAAGAGGUCGGAUUCCCACCAGGUGUGGUGAACAUCGUGCCAGGGUUUGGGCCCACAGUGGGAGCAGCGAUUUCAUCUCACCCUCAGAUCAACAAGAUAGCCUUUACCGGGUCCACGGAGGUUGGGAAGCUGGUUAAGGAAGCUGCCUCCCGGAGCAACCUGAAGAGGGUGACACUGGAGCUUGGGGGGAAAAACCCCUGUAUUGUGUGUGCUGAUGCCGACUUGGACUUGGCAGUGGAGAGCGCCCAUCAGGGAGUGUUCUUCAACCAGGGCCAGUGCUGCACGGCCGCCUCCAGGGUGUUCGUGGAAGAGCAGGUCUACGCCGAGUUCGUCAGGCGCAGCGUGGAGUACGCCAAGAAGCGGUCCGUGGGCGACCCCUUUGACGUCAGGACCGAGCAGGGACCCCAGAUUGAUCAAAAGCAGUUCGACAAAAUUCUCGAUCUGAUCGAGAGCGGGAAGAAGGAGGGAGCCAAGCUGGAGUGUGGGGGCUCCGCCAUGGAAGACAGAGGCCUCUUCAUCAAGCCUACUGUCUUCUCAGAAGUGACCGACACCAUGAGGAUUGCCAAAGAGGAGAUCUUUGGGCCGGUACAGCCAAUACUGAAAUUCAAAAAUAUUGAAGAAGUGAUCAAAAGAGCAAAUAGCCUUGAAUAUGGACUCACGGCUGCUGUGUUCACAAAAAACCUGGACAAAGCCCUGAAGCUGGCUUCUGCGUUAGAGUCUGGAACUGUCUGGAUCAACUGCUACAAUGCCUUCUAUGCACAGGCUCCGUUUGGUGGCUUUAAAAUGUCGGGGAACGGCAGAGAACUGGGUGAAUAUGCUCUGGCUGAAUACACAGAAGUGAAAACUGUCACCAUCAAGCUGGGUGACAAGAGCCCCUGAGGGUCAGGCAGGCCCUUCCUCCAAGAGUGGACGGCUGACUGUGGCAGCUGAGGCAUGCCCGAGAGAAGAUGGCGUGUGAGGCCUUCCUGGGAUCCUUCCUUCUGGAGACUUUAAAUCUACUGGAUUUGAACGAUUUUUCUUUUCUUCCCAUUUUGUUGCCAAUAUGUUGUGUGUGAGUUGCAGCCGGGCCCGGGGAUGGCGGUAUUGGCCGUUCCUGCUUCCCCCUUUAGCCUAAGUCCCAGGGGACAGUGAAGAGGCUCAGGAUGUAGACAGCAGGAAGCGAUAUUUGAAAAAUCCUGCCAUGGCUUAAAAAUGCCUUAGUGACCGACUCCAGUAAGAAUUUGGGGAAAACGUCCUGCAUGUUUUACAAAGGGCCUUGCAGCUGUGGCCUCCCUGUCCAUAGGACAAGGCCCUCCUAUCAUUCCGCAGGAAAGGAUUAGCACUAAGUUUAGAAAAGAACCAAAACCGGGAUUGCCAGGAUCUGACUGGGGGAGCUUUGGGAAGCAGGUACCAAGGAAGGGUACUGAAGGCCUUGGGGUGUGGAUGGCCCUAGGUCCUGGUCAAGGACUGCUCUUGACAUUGACCAGCUUAAAACCAGUUUUGCCUUUGGAAUAAGAUCCAAUCCAUAGCCCAAAGAGUGCAUCUAAAACAAAGCCACAGUCUACCUUAACCCAGGCACUUUCUUAGGCAGAAAGCAUGGCUAGUGCCCCCCGUUGCUGCUAAGGACAGAGCGCUUUGAGUGAGGACAGCAGAGCGAAUCCUAGGAUGGCUGAGUCCACCUUGUACAAGUCAGAGCCAUUGUGUGCUCCUACAAAUUAGCCUUCACUACCACUUCAUUCAGGCUUUAUGAUUGGCUUAGGAAGUUUUCCUUUUGUCCAGUUGUGUCAUGCAUUUUAGAUAAGAAAAGCAUGCACAAUGGGAAGACUAUUGUUUUCUUAUAGCCCUGUUAUUUUAAGGCCUAUUUGACAUUAAUGAAUGAUACUUCCACAAUAGCACCUGGCCUCCAUGGAGGAAGCAGUUCUCCCAAAGCAGCCUGAGCACUGCACUCCCAGGUUGCAAAUUUUUCUUUUCCUCCUUUGGUAUCCAAAUGAUGUGCAAUUUCAUGUUGUAACUUGGAAAAUACACGGUUCCCCUAAGCUUUACCAAAAAACAACCAAAUUCAAAUUGCGUUAGUUGGUACUUUUACUAUUACUGGCUAACUAGUACUUUUCAAAUGGUGCUUAUGUUGGAGAAUGAAAUGAUAUUCAAGAAAUUCAUUGGGGGGAGGGCAGUAAUAAAAUGAAGCUCUGUGUCAAAGCCAGUGUAUGUAUAAAGUCAUGUACUAACGGGGUUAUCAUUCUUGUUGGAAAUGAGAUUCAUCUUCUUUCCGUAGGUUAACACCUGUUGCUUAUGCUAUCUGUAACUCGUUCAAUCAGGAUUUGACUUCAUACACUGAAUUUUCAGGAUUUUAACUCAAGUAACUAUAGACAUUAAUCUUUACAGCAAUACAUAGAGGGUUUUGUUCUUUCAUUGUACAAUAAUGCCUUUAAUAUGAAAUGCUACCUUAUUUAUAAUUGGUAUAGUUAAUGUAUCUUUUUAUAGUUGUAAGUACACAGAGGUGGUAUAUUUAACCUUCUGUAAUAUACUGUAUGUAGAAAUGGAAAUCUAUAUAGUAUUAGAUUUCACUUCCUUUAAGGUUUAUACCUGUGGUAUGGUUUAAAAAUCUAUUGGCCUGGGGAUUCUGAUCCUAACUGCAGAUUGUGUUCAGCCAUGCAACAACGAGCAAAUAAAACUGAAUAUUUG